CACAGGUUGAGUCGACAUAGAUCUCCAAACACUCUCAGCAGAAGCAGUCUUGUUCAAGAGAUCAGCAGGAGAACAAGAUGGCGACAACACUACACUUACGCUCCGAGUCCAAGCCUCUCGAGCACCGCUCAGCUUUAACUCCCACCACGACCAAAGCACUUAUCGACGCAGGCUACAAAGUCAACGUCGAACGGAGCCCCGAACGGAUAUUCGAAGAUUCCGAGUUUGAGGCUGUAGGUGCUACUCUCGUGCCUACAGGCACUUGGGUGGACGCUCCAGAGGACCAUAUCAUCAUCGGCCUCAAGGAGUUACCGGAGGAUAAAUUCGCCCUCAAGCACACACACGUCCAAUUCGCCCACUGCUACAAAGGCCAAGGCGGCUGGCAAGAGGUGCUGUCCCGCUUCCCUCAAGGCGGCGGUACAUUGCUCGACCUCGAGUUUCUACAAGACGACACUGGCAGGCGCGUCGCUGCAUUCGGCUACCAUGCCGGCUACGCGGGCGCCGCACUCGCCGUCGAAGCGUGGGCGUACCAAUUACAACACCCCGACGCAGAAAGCAUGCCCUCCGUAUCAAGCUAUCCAAACCAAGACCUUCUUCUAGACGACGUGAGAUCGCGAAUGGCCGAGGGCGAAAAGAUCGUGGGACGCAAGCCAAAGGUUCUUGUCAUUGGGGCCCUCGGCCGCUGCGGCCGCGGAGCCGUCGAUCUUUGCACCCAGGCUGGCAUACCAGAAGAGAAUAUACUCAAGUGGGACAUGGCGGAGACCGCAAAGGGAGGGCCAUUCAGCGAGAUCGUCGAGUCCGACAUCUUUGUCAACUGCAUAUACCUGUCCGAUCCGAUCCCGCCAUUCUUGAAUGAAGAGAGUCUGGCGAGCGAAAAGAGGAAGUUAUCUGUCGUGUGCGAUGUGUCCUGCGACACAACGAACCCACAUAAUCCGGUGCCGAUAUACACCAAGAACAGCACGUUCAAGAGCCCUACGAUAAAGGUGGAGGGUUAUGAAAAUCCACCACUGUGCGUUAUCAGCAUAGACCAUCUGCCCAGCCUGUUGCCCAGGGAGGCCAGCGAGGCGUUCAGUCAAGCUCUGUUGCCGAGUCUGUUGGCGCUUAAGGAACGCAAGACGAGCCGUGUAUGGCAGCAGGCAGAGGAGUUGUACAACAGCAAGGUCGCCACACUGCCGGAGACGCUGAGAGGGGCAGUGAAUAAGGUUACUGGGUCAGCGUAGAAGACCAGAGAUGCGAGAAAUCGAUAUCGCAAGAGAAAGACGCGUGCAAUAGAAGGAUGGAAUAGAGUGUUGUAAAUACUCGGUUCAUCAGGUUGGUGGCUCCAUCAACCGACUGUACAGCAAUCACAGCAAUGUCCUCUUUUUCUUUUUA